CCCUACUAAAACCCUGAGCGUUUAAAACUCAGAGGUCCUCCUCCGUCACAAGCCGCAAGACGAAGCAGAGCAAUGUGGAAGCUGACGCGGCGAUUGCAGCCGCAUAUCAAUUCGACCCGAUGGUUAAUCCGAAAUUUCCGGAGUGGAGAAGCUGGAGACGCCACCGGUCUCUACGGUUUCGAUCAUCUUAAAACGGCUAAAGGGUUUCAGAGAUUCGUUGCUGAUGCCAUUGAAAGGUCUGGUGAGUUGGUGAGCUACAUAUCAGGAAUGCCUUCGUCUCCAGAGAUUAUUAAAGCCAUGGAUGAGAUUUCAGACACUGUUUGUUGUGUUGUUGACUCUGCUGAACUCUGUAGACAAACUCAUCCUGACAGGGAAUUUGUUGAGGAGGCGAAUAAAGCAGCAAUUAAAAUGAAUGAUUAUCUACAUCAUCUUAACACGAACCAUACUUUGUAUGCUGCGGUGAAAAAAGCAGAGCAAGAUUCUAACUUGCUUACCAAAGAAGCAAGUAGGACCGCACAUCACCUCCGAAUGGACUUUGAACGGGGUGGCAUUCAUUUAGACCCUGAGAAGCUAGAUAAAGUGAAUAACUUAACAACCAACAUAUUUCAGUUAUGCAGGGAGUUCAGUGAAAAUAUAGCUGAUGAUCCCGGACAUGUUGAUAUAUUUCCAGCAUCACGCAUCCCUCGACAUCUGCACCAUCUCGUCAACCCUACCUACCGAUCCACUUCAGGAGGCUCAAGAGGAUCUACGAGAUCAGCACAUAAGUCGAAACAGAAGGGAUUUCGAAUAAAUACUGAUCCACGAACCCUUUCUUCCAUUUUGCAGUGGACAUCAGAUGAAGAGGCUAGAAAAAUGGUAUAUAUUCAAGGGAACUCUGUUCCACAUGCAAAUCACGGAGUUCUUGAGAAGCUUAUUGCUGCUCGCCAUGAGCUUUCCCAGAUGAUGGGGUGUAAUUCUUAUGCUGACUUUAUGGUCGAGCCAAACCUAGCAAAAUCCCCAAAGGUUGUGACAUCCUUCCUACAAGAACUGAGCAGGACAGUCAAACCGAAGGCGGACGAAGAAUUCAUAGCCAUUAGAGACUUUAAAAGAGAGAAAUGUGGUAACCCAUCUGCAGAAUUAAAGCCAUGGGAUGAAACUUACUACACUUCAAUGAUGAAAUCCUCUGUCAAUGAUGUGGACACCGCUGUUGUAGCAUCAUAUUUUCCUCUGCCUCAGUGUAUUGAAGGCCUAAAAGUACUUGUUGAAUCAUUAUUUGGGGCAACAUUUCAUACCGUUCCUCUCGCACCAGGUGAAUCUUGGAACCCAGAUGUUCUUAAAAUGUCUCUUCAUCACCCGGACGAGGGUGAUCUCGGAUAUCUUUACCUUGACUUGUACUCGAGAAAAGACAAGUACCCUGGAUGUGCCAGCUUUGCAAUCAGAGGAGGACGCAAGAUUUCUGAGACAGAAUACCAACUUCCUGUUUUGGCUCUCGUUUGCAAUUUCUCGCGAGCUCGUGAUUCAUCAGUCGUGAAGCUUAAUCACUCUGAAGUUGAAGUUUUGUUCCACGAAUUCGGACACGCUCUUCACUCUCUGCUCUCACGAACGGAUUACCAACAUUUUUCUGGUACCCGGGUGGCUCUUGACUUAGCAGAAAUGCCUUCAAAUCUGUUUGAGUACUAUGCAUGGGACUAUCGCCUCCUGAAGAGAUUUGCCCGUCAUCACUCAACCGGUGAGACAAUACCCGAGAAGUUGGUUAAGUCAUUACAAGGUGCGAGGAACAUGUUUGCAGCAACUGAAAUGCAACGCCAGGUGUUUUAUGCACUGAUUGACCAAAUGCUAUUCGGGGAACAACCGGAGACAGCAAGAGACGUGAGUCACCUCGUGGCUGAACUGAAACGGCAACACACGAGCUGGAACCAUGUUGAAGGAACACAUUGGCAUAUUCGAUUCAGUCACCUACUUAACUAUGGAGCAGGGUACUAUAGCUACUUAUACGCCAAAUGCUUUGCAUCAACAAUAUGGCAAUCAAUAUGCGAAGAGGAUCCGCUUUCGUUGAACACAGGAACAUUGCUGAGAGAGAAAUUCUUCAAACAUGGAGGAGCCAAAGAUCCAGCUGAGCUACUUACGGAUCUAGCUGGGAAAGAGAUCAUUAGUGUUCAUGAGGAUCCAGCUCAACCCAAGAAUUCAAGCUCUUCCGGCGUAGGAUUCGGUUCAUCGGCGUCUUCUUCUCCGGCUAAGAAAUUGACUGCAGCUACAUCGGGAAAUAAGAAAGGGAAAGGGAAGAGAGAGGUGAAUCGGCGUGCUCCUGUGGAGAAGCCUGUGUUUAUGAACGAAGAAGGAGCGGCAAAGGCAGAGGAACAGAGACGAAAUGAGAACGCGUUUCUUCUUACUUGGCUUGGGCUUGGUAUCGUCAUCCUCAUCGAAGGGAUUAUUCUCGCCGCUUCAGGAUUCCUCCCCGAAGAGUUGGAUAAGUUAUUUGUCAAGUAUGUGUAUCCAGUGUUCACUCCAUCGGUUGGGUUAUUUCUGGCUGGGACAACUGCAUAUGGAGUUUUGAAGUACAUACAGAAUGAGAAAAUGAAGGGUCAAGAGUGAUACUAUACAACCAUGGAUAUUAGAGCUUGCCCUUGAUUGAGAGCGAUUGGUUUCAGAGGGUUUAGCGUAAGUGUGUUGCAAGUAGAGUGGAUACUCUUAAACAUGGUUUCACUUUGGUUAUGCAAUCCAAAAAGAAGAGUUUGUGUAUUGAUCCGACCUUAGUCAUUGUAUAUGCAGAGAGCUGGUUAUCAGGUUAUGUAAAAUUAAAAUCAGUUUGAAGUU